AUGGUAGAGACCGGUGUGCCGCUGGAUGACGAGCAGCUACGUGAACUGGUGGACAGGCUGACCGACGAGGGCUUCUUGGACUUCGUGCAGCGAUUCACGGAGGAGAACAGUGCUGUGUUCGCAAACUUUGACGGACAAGAGCACUUGCAUUGCUACAAUGCGCUCCACGCCCAGUAUCAGCGCUUCUUUGAAGCAAGGGCUGAGGCAUGGCUUUGCAAGAAGGGCCACAGCCGCCGUCUCGGGAAGACUCAGAUCGGGAGGCAGCGCUUUCGUCGGCUCUUGCGCAUCGAGUCGUGGAGUGUCGUCUGCACCUUGACGAGCAAGCAAGCUAGCCACUAUUGGGUGACUCGCUUGUCUGCAUACCAGCGGCCCACUGGCGCACAGUCCGAUGAGCACUUAGCUCCUAAGCUGGAACUCGUCCGCGGAGCAGCGGCGACUGGACUGGCAAUUCUGUUGGGUUUAUUUACCGUGCUGGCGCCAGCUUCGGCCGAGAGCAAGCGGGUGGUGGGCGAGAUUCCUGCAUCCGGAUUCAUCUUCAAGGACACUAUCAAUGUGGAAGCUUUUGAGGAUCCGAAAGUUUCUGGCGUCUCGCUGUACAUCUCCGACUUCUCUCGAUCCAUGGCAGAUCGGGUUAGCAAAGGCGACUUCUUUUCGGACCCGGGGGCUGCAGGCCUGACCUGUGCCAGGAACGGACCUGUAAUGAUCUCUCCGGAUCUAAAGCCGAGCAAGGAGGGAGAGGACGUCUUCACGGAGUCACGUGCCAUCCUCUUCAAGACAUUGAAGGUGAAACGCAUUUAUGAUGCAGAUGCAAAGAACAUCCUCUAUGUGGCCUUCACAGAAAGGAUGGACAACAACAACGACAGCAACAAGAGUCGCUUCAAGAGUCAAGUCGUUGCAGUCCAUAUUGAUGGAGUGAGGGAAAAGCCGUAG